AUGUCUCUCGGACCUCUCAUCGGACAGCUGGACGUCAACCUGCUCCCGGGCGCUGCCUGCCUCAUCGACAUCCAGGCCAUUAUUGGCAACUGCCCUUCCAUCGUCAUCGACACGCACAAGAACCCCAAUGUGACCGUGGUCGGCCCCGAUACCAUCUGCGUCACCACGACUCCUUCUCUGCCUACCAGCACGGGCGGCAACUCUGCCACUACCACUCCCAACGCGCCAUGCACCCGCGGUUGCGGAUACCCGACCAAGCCGGUCAACCCUCCCUCAUCAUCCGCCCCGAACAAGUACCCCACCAUCCCGCCUCCUGGUGACUCCACCACCCUGAAGACGUCGACCCGGCGUCCUCAGUACACCACCACUUGGUGCCCUGAUGACGAGACCACUGGCAACUCUUCGCCCACCAGCUCCGGAAACGGAAAUGGCAACGGCGGCUCCUCUACUGGCAACGGUGGUGCUUCGUCGACUGGGAACGGCAAUGGUGCUUCGUCGACUGGAAACGGCAAUGGUGGUUCCUCCACUGGCAACGGCGGUGCUUCAUCGACUGCUUCCCCGACUUCCUCUACUGUCCCUACCUCCACCCCUCAGUGCCAGGAGCCCCUUCUCACUCUCGACCUGUCUCUCCUGGGCAUCGACGUCGCCGACCUGAAGGUCUUCCUCGACCUCGCCGGCCUGCUCGAGGGUCUUCUGGACACCGUCGGCGACCUCCUCGGGGGCCUCCUCGGCAUCGGCGGCAACAAGAAGGAUCCCAAGCCUAUCAACCGCCAGUUCCAGCCCCACUGCGGUACUUCUCUCGGCAACGGCACGACCACCACCGCCACCGAUGCCAAGGACUGCCUGGCCAAGUGCCAGGAGGAUGGCAUCAAGCUCACCCUCCAGCUUGGCAAGCUCAACGACUGCCUGGGUGCUACCAUCAAGGAUGGCGUCGCCGUCGACAACUGCCUGUACGUCCUCGGCCAGGAGAAGGACAUCCUCGACCUCAACGCCGAGCUCCUGGGCGAUCCCCACGGUACCACCUACACUCCUGUCACCAAGAAAUAG